UUGGCCGCUUGGGUCGCGCCAGUAGUCGCCAGUCUAGCGAAUAUGGCUGAGAACAAUGGCAAUGGUUGUUAUUGAGCCAACUUUGCGUUCCGCUGGUACUUGUCAACAAAGACGUUACCCUUGAUCUGCGCGCGACGGAUCUCGCCGUCGCCUGGCGUAGAGUACCUCGACCAGGAGAUUAUGGCAACUGCUAUUCAGGAGAAUGGCAUGAAACCGUUAACAAAUAAAUCGCUGAAUCGUGUAAAGGACGUUAAUAAUUUGGAAAAUGCAAACUCCUGUACAGAAAAUAAGGACAAUAGAUUGUUUGAUGGUCAACUUCAAUCUUACGUGGGUCAUGCCGAAGAGCGUCACGAGGCGAUCCAGGAAGAACCUCAGGAAGAGGCCCACGAAGAGCCUCCCGAGCUCGAUAUCGUUAUUAACAAUGUAGUUUGCAGCUUUAGCGUAAGAUGUCAUUUGAACCUGCGAGAAAUAGCGCUCAAGGGAUCUAAUGUUGAAUACAGAAGAGAAAAUGGGAUGAUAACGAUGAAAUUAAGGAGACCAUAUACUACAGCAUCCAUCUGGUCAUCUGGUAAAGUAACUUGCACUGGCGCAACCAGUGAGAUUCAAGCAAAAAUCGCGGCACGCAGAUUUGCUCGUUGCCUUCAAAAACUUGGAUUUGAAGUGAGAUUUAAUAAUUAUAGGGUGGUCAAUGUAUUAGGCACUUGUUGUAUGCCAUUUGCCAUCAAGAUAACAUCAUUUUCGAUACAUCACAAACAAAAUGCUGAUUAUGAACCGGAAUUACACCCUGGUGUUACAUAUAAGUUAAAAGAACCAAAAGCUACUCUGAAGAUAUUUUCUACAGGAAGUGUUACUGUAACAGCACCUAACGUUGCUUCAGUCCAAGCGGCAAUUGAACAUAUUUAUCCACUAGUCUACGAGUUCCGGAAGGAGCGAUCAGUAGAGGACGAGCUUGCGUUGUCAGCGAAGAAACGCAAGUUAAACUCGAACAAAAGAAAACUGGAUGAGUUCCUAGAUGAUGAGCCAGAUAUCUCGUAUGAAAGUAUGAUCUCUGAUGCAGAAGACGCACUUGACGAAGUAGGAAGUGAGGGCAGUUGGGACUGAUCUGUUUUAUUUUAUCGCUCUACUGUUAAAUGUGAAACUGUUGUCUAUAUCUCGUUCUUUCGAUAUAAUAGAUACAUACUGCUCGAUGUACAAAAGUGUUAUUGCUAAAAGUGAAGUGAAGCGUAAAGUCGUUUCUAUAUAGUGCAUGGACAAAUGUGUGAGUGUUAGGGAUAAAAAUAGAUACACAUAUGCACUUACGUGUACGGAUAUACACAGGGGCAUAAUUAUCAAGUACACAUCAACUGAACUGAUCAUCAUCUUAAAAAUGAUAUCCUAAAUAGUUACUUUUGUUAGCAAUAUCACGUUAUAAAUAUAAAUAUAGAUAUAUAUGUAAUGUGUAAUACACACAUGGUGUAUUACACAUGUAAAUAUGAAUAUAUAUAUGGUAUUUAUUAAAUAUAUAUAUAUAUAUAUAUUAUAUUUACAAAUGUAAAUAUAAAUAUAUAUUUAUAUUUGUAUUUAUAUACGUAUAAAUAUAUAAAACUUUACAUAUGGAUGUAUCUUCGCCAUCUAUAUACAUAUAUACGUACACUGUAUGUGUGUAUGUAUGUAUGUAUAUUUAAAUGUGCGUAGAACACGUUUUUAAUUAUAAAAUUCAUUAAUUUUUUUGGAGUUUAUUUAUCAUUAGGCAAAAUUCAUAUAUAUGCUUCUUUGGACAAGUGAUGAGUACAGGUUUAAAAAGAAGUGCACAUUGUUUAUGCAUACAUGCAUACGUAUUAUGCAUAUGUGCAUGUGAAUUAUGGCCUGUACAUUUAUGUUUCCAUUUAUUUCAUGUUUAAUUAUAGUUUUCGCUUAAUUAACAUAUUGUGCCAAAGAUAGAUAUUCAAAAUUUAAGACAAGGUAAUCAGGAUGAAACACACGACUUUAUGUACUAACUUCCACAGUGUUUACAAUCGAUUGGAAUAUGGCCAAAAAUAUUUUAGUUUUCCAAUCAAUAUUUUAUAGAAUGUAUUCCACUGAUCAAAAAAUCAUUUAUUUUAUGAUUUAGAUUCUGUAUUCUGCAAAAUGCAUACCAAUCAAUAUAAUUCCGUACUGCCAACAGCUCGUUCUCGCUCAAAUAACUUCUAUUACUCAAGAAGAUAUUUAUGUAUCUCAUAGUUUAUUAUUAUUAUAUUCCUACUUUAAUAUCUCUUAGUAUGUCUUUUAAAUGUUCAAAUUUUGUUUUGUAUCUUUAUAUCUACAAAAUUUUCUAUACGAGAUAUUGGUAGGAAUCGUUUAAAUAUUAUAAGCACAUGUAAAUAUACGCCUGCACAUUUGUUAAAAUAUCUUAAACUAUAGUAAACCUACGUAAAAAAUUAUAUUGACGAUAGCAUAAGAAUACGAUGAGUAAGAAAAAUUAAAUCUUAAUAAAAAAACAUGUCAUUUUUAUAUAAUUAACCAAAAACUUGUAUGAACUCCUUUCGUUUCAAGAUUUUGUUAUACGUAUUAUGAUAAAUUUUUGUGUAUUUUUCUAUUUUUAGAACACAUAUCAUUAAGUAUCAAAAUUUUACGUUAACAAACAGAUAAGAUCAUUUUGCAUUGUUUGGGCGAAUACGGGCUGUUUUUGUGGGUGUAAACGAUGUAAUGGUUAAAUUUGGUUUUAAAAUGUCUAUUACAUCAAAAGAUGUCGUCUGGUUUGCAGUAUUCAUGAAUUAAGAUUCACGUAUUACAAUAGUGUUUAUUUUAUUUGCGUAAAUGUAAGAAAAUGAAAGAAAUCGUGACAUUAAUUUAGAACUGUGACAAACUAUAUUCUUUAGAGAAAUUAUAGAAGUUCAUUGUGUUAGUGUUUUGUGAAAGGUACUUCUUAAAAUCGCAAGUUUAAACAUACGAAACGAAUGUAUUGUGUUCAAUGAGAUAUUUAUUUUUGACUUAUAUAUACAUAUAUAAUGACUGGAAUUGCAUAUUCUAGAAUCUGCAACAAAGACAUAAAUAAUGCGAUAGGACCUGUUAUAGCGUUAGUUACUGUUUUUUUUUGUAUUAGUCAUCUCUACAUACGCAUUAAUACAUACACAUCAUAAGUAUUUAUUUGUCAUUUACAGUAUCCUUAUAUGAUAUUAUGAUAAGCGCAUUUGAAUCAUGUCAUUUUCAUAAAUAUUAAUUUCCUGAAAAAUCUAAAGUGUCACCUGAACAGCCUACGACGAUGUUUAUUUUGCCCAUUCAUAAAAUAUUUUCAUGAAAAGAAAUAUUUUUACACACGACUUUGCAAAUCUAAUUAAUCGUAUUUUUAGAACUCAGUUUUUAUUAUAAAGAUGUAUAUCGGAUAUUGUGCAAAACGUUACACUGAGGGUAUAAUAUAAAAUGCGUUGUCUUUCUUAUGCUUCGCGAUUAUUCACAUGUACACAAAGUUUAACCUUUCGUUUGCACUUAGCUGAAGAAAAGCAAUAUAUUGGUAAAAAUAUAUAGAAAGAUUAUUAAAGACUUGCGUAAUUCGUUAAUAGGAAAAAUUAAUUAUGUGAAUAUCAUAUAAAUAUCUUAUCACACAUUAAGUACAAGAGAAUACGAUAAGGAAGGUAUGGCCGAUAUUUUAUUAAAUGAUUAAUCUGUUCGUGCCAUAUGACAUUAUAUAUUCGUUAAAAUUAGUUAAAGCAGAGUUUCAUAAUUUUCAUAAUGUAUAUAUUGUUUUUACACUGAGCAAAUUUUUUACGAUUUAAGCUAAAGUCACUGCCCUUAGUGUAUUCAAUUAGAAAAUGUAAGACUAGAUCCACUAAAGAGUAUGUGACACAAACUAGGACACAUUUUGUUUACAUUAUUGGAAAUAAAUGCUAUUUGCGUUAUUAAUCAUAGGAAUUAAAGUUUAAGCGAAUAAAGAAGUUGAACGAUAAGACAUUGUCGAAGAGUGUAAUGACAAAAAUAAAUUCUAUCAUAUAUUUAA